GGUGAUAUUUGGAAUCAGUGUCAAAAACUGCAGCAGAUGAUGUGCCUUUCAAAUCUUUCAGAGAAAUGAAAAAUUUCGACAUUUUUUCGAUUUUUUAUGUUCGGCUUCCGAGCAAAUUUUGACAAAAUUUUUCAUCUCCCUAAAAGAUUUGAAAAGCACAUCAUCUGAUGCAGUUUUUGACACUGAUUCCAAAUAUCACCUUACUUUUGCUUUUAAGUGAAGUUUUGAUGACUAAAAUCUCAAAAAACUGAAAACUCGCGGUUAGUCGGCCAUCUUGUUUUUAGGUCUUGGAACUUUUCGACCACUUUUAAGAAACAGAGUUUUUGCGCUUAGUUUGAGAGAGCUCAGAGAUGGCUACUUUUCGCAAAUCGACGAUGGUGCUCAUUUGUAAAUUCUAUAACUCAGCCAGAAUAAGUCAGAAAGUUUUUUUUUAUUUUUCAUGACCCCAGUUUCGAUAGUAGAAUCCGAAUAUGAAAUAAAAAGUAUAUAUCAAUUUUUCACUCGUGAUCGAUCUUUGGUAAGAUACUACAUCGACUGGCGAAGUCUCUCUUAACUGUGCCAGUUUUUAUAGUUACAGUUAACCGUAACUGUUGCAUACCUAAACGUUACGGCCUAGGAGACUACUUCUCAAUUAUCUAGGCAUUCAAACAUGCUUUUUCAAUAAGCGCUUAAUUGUAAAAGAAGAAUAGGAUGUUUGAGGUUUGGGAAAUUAAGUAACACACACGCCUUUUAAAUUUUUUAUCGAGCUGGAACGACCUACUUCUUGAAAGCUAAGAAUGCAUAAAGAACUCAAACAAUCUCUCCUGACAACCUUUAUUACAAAGAAAACUCAGUUAUAUUCUAAAAUAGUUCACUGUACGUCACUCUUAGGAUAAGAUUUAGAUUAAAUGUUGAAAAGGUAAUGAAAAGGACGUUUUUUUCUCCGCAAAAAAAGAAAUGAAAAGAGCGCAGGGUUGAAAUUUAUAUAAUUUGAACUUGCUGUAUCUUUCAUAUAUAUUAAAAUAUUUUUCUCGUUUUUUAAAGUUGGAAAUUCUUCUUUUGACACAUUAUAAGGCUUUACACGGUUCAGUAUUUUGAACACGUUGUAUUGAGUUAUUCGUGUCAACUGAAAGUGUUUGAACGUAUUAUUUUUGUUAAUGCCUAUAAUAUAUGUAAACUUUUAAAGCGUUGCAACGUAUUCAAUACGAUUCUGAGACUCUAACGCUUUUUAGGCGUUGAAAAAAGGCGUUCGAGCGCCAUUCUAUCUCUUAACGAAUUCGAAUUUAUUGUAUGAGUGGCAGGCGUUACUAGGAUUAAAAUUGUAAUUCCAUCUUUGAGUAAUGGUAGCGGAGAAAUGUAGAACAGAGAGGCAGCAUUCUGACUUUAGCACACUAGAUUAUCAGAACAACAUCUUAAACCUACAAGUCUAAUUUUUGUGAAAAUUCAAUACGUCGUAUGCACUACGGCCUAAAUUUGGAAAUUUAUUUUCAACGCUCGGCUUCUUAGAGCCUUUAAUGAUUCAUAGAAGCGUUGUUUCAGACGUUUAGGUAUACAGACCGGUUCACUAACGGCGACAUUUUUUUUAAUAUAUACGAACGUUCAUAAUUCUGUUUGCGUUUGAUGCAUUAAAAACCUUUUUUUAAUGCCUUAGGAUAUUAUCAUACGACCUCAUAUCCGUAGGCCCCCAAAAAUUUCUUUAAAACAGUGUAAGCUCUCCGAAGCCUUUGUUUUGCUGAUUUUUAACAAAAUAAUACGAUCAGACACAUUCGAAACUAGAUUCCGAGUUAAAGCAUAAAACACUUUCGGUGACUACUGGGGGUUUUGGUUCUUCUAACGCGUUCACACUUGUUGGUAGGGGGAAAUUAUCCCGUUUACGCACUCGAAUGUUUCAUUGUAUCGCACGAAUCUAAUCUAUGCGAACUUGUUAUUGAACUAACAAGGUCUGCCAGGGUUCACUCUUCCUGGGUUGGACAAGCCUUAACCACUCCACACAAUACAGGAGAAUCUUAGAGUCAGUAUUUUAGACGUACUAUCAACACAACGGAAAGUGGAAAGAUAAGUGUUUAAGUAGGUACAUUUAAUCAUCACUACACGAUAACAUAAUCUGACUAACGAGUAAUAUUAGAAAAACAAUGAUGCUCACUUUAAAGGAAAGUCGUCAUCGUGCAUUGUGAUGCUGAAAAGCAAAGUUCAGUAUCAUGAAUGGCGAACAGAAAACAUUUUAACUGAUCUGAGCGGAGUUCAGUAACUGACAAAAAAGUGAGUGAUAAUUUAAACGAAUCCAGUCAUUUUCUCUUCAGUAUCGAUGAUAACCGAUCAUAACUACGAGCGCCAGACUCUUUGCACAUUACUAUACUUAUAGUAAUUAGCCAAGAGUGACCGCUUUAGAAAUCUCGUCGAAUUCGUAAGACCCCACAUUCAUUGUUUCCUCUUGCAUUCUGUACCAUUAUGAUAUUACCAUUAUAGCAAUACUAAUAAAAUCAGUUUUCUAGUUAAUUCUUUUAGGAUGAUGAAUUAGAUAUUGCAUUAUAUGACGCAAUACGUUUUGAUUCUGUUCGUUUUGCUGAUUUAUUUGUUGAAUAUGGUGCAAAUUUCGAAAACUUAAAGGGAAUAAUUGAUAUGGACGAUAUGAAUGAAUUUUAUCUUAAUCAUAGAGGUAAGACUAAACGUAUCCCAUGUGGUAAGAUAGAGGAGCCCUUAAAAUCGAAUUAUUAUGACAUGUAUGUCCCUGGUAAAGAUAAAAAAUCCAUACCCGGCGGUUUUAUUUGA